AUGAUACCGGAGAAGAACUGCUCGGAACAUGCGACAGUAGAGGAGUUGGCAGCGUCGGCGUUCUCGUCAACACGGUUUGUCCGUGAACGUCGAUUCAUUCGAACAACUUACAACCCAAAUCGGAGGUUUACGAUUAAAAAGACGUGGAUUAGUUCCGGCUUUGACAAUCUUCGUCGUUUACGCGCCGACAUCAAACUGUGA